AUGAAAGCGAUUUUAUUUAUCCCAUUCACGAAAAAUGCAAAAGGAAUUAUCAUGUAUACUCCUGAUGGUUAUAUGUCUGCUCAAUUGGGUACAAUGAACGUCCCCAAAUUCUCUGGUGACAAUUUGUUGGAUGGAAAGGAUGAUGAAUUAAUAAAUGGCAUGAGAAAUUACUUAGCUUAUUCUGGGUUUUAUAAAAUUGAACAAGACGGCGACCAUUUCAAUUUGAGACAUCAAAUGGAUGUAGCUAACUACCCUAAUUGGUUAGGAGAUGAACAAAAGCGACUUGUCAAAUUGACAGACAAUAAGUUGACCCUUAGUACAGAAACCCCAAUUAUGUUCAAUGGAGUGUUACUGCAUUGCUAUUUAGAUUGGGAAAAGCUUCCUCAAAUUGACUAA